ACACGUUAAAAGAAUGUUUAUCGCAAGUGUUUAAACGCCGUUAUCGCAAGUGUUUGAACAUAUUACGAAAGUUUGUUCAGAAACCAUACAGACAUACACGUAGCACAAGUUUUAAAACACACUUUACCACAAGCGUGAGAAAGCUGCGGGCGCCAUUGGCCCAUGUCCGUCUGUCGGCAUUUCUUUGGAAACGGUUGCUAUAGGCAUAGUACACGCCCAGCGCCGUGAAAUAUGGUGAAAAUUCACUUUUUUAUGGACUUUUUUACAACGAAACAAAUUUUACGUUUUUCUGCGUGAAGUGCGAUUACCGGUAUCGGUAUGUAAUAAAAGCAAUCACAAUUUGCGUUUUUCCGCCUGAUUCAAAGCGUUCAGCUGCUCAAAGCUCAGUGACAUGGUUCACUUCCUAUAGUUAUUUAAUUUUGUUUACAGUAAGCAUAGUAAGAAACUGUGGGCAUAGAUUCGUAUUACGUGUUGUUAUAGCAGGAAAAUGACGGACGCUUCUAACCACAACGAUGAAAAAGCGAAUGUAACAGAACACAAAACUUCAAGUGGAAAACCCUUCAGCGAAGUGGAUCAUUUUAUCAAUGCAGAUGGAAAUCAUAUUUUUUGUCGCUAUUGGGAGCCAUCAAAUACCCCACAACAUUUGAUGAUGGUAACCCAUGGUUACGCUGAACACAGUGGGAGGCAUGAGAGGUUGGCUUGUAUGUUCAGAGAUAUGGGAUUCUUUGUCUUUGCACAUGAUCACUUUGGUCAUGGAGAGAGUGAAGGCCACAAAGUAAAUGUUGACGACUACAAUGUUUACAUCCGUGAUAUGGUGCAACAUGUUAAUCUAAUGAAGAAGAAAUUCCCAGGCUUACCAAUCCAUUUAUAUGGACAUUCAAUGGGUGGUGCUCUUUCAUUACUGGCAGCGCAUCAGAACCCUGGGCUUUUUACUGAUGUUGUUUUAUCGGCACCGAUGAUAGCAAAGAGCCCAGAAUUUUCUUCCUCUAUUAAGAGAUUUAUGGCUGAAAAGGUUGCAGCAAUUUUCCCUUAUCUUGGGGUUGCACAUCUGGAUGCAAACGCAAUAUCUCGUGACCCCGAACAGGUUGCAAGGUAUGUGAAUGACAAACUUAACUACACUGGCAAAGUUCAAGUAAGAAUGGCUUGUCAGUUGUACCAGAUACAGCACGCAGCUAUUCAAUGUUUCCCCAAUAUAGACUUCACUUUCCUUGUAAUACAUGGUAGUGGGGAUAGGUUAUGCAAUGUUGAGGGAUCCAAGUUAUUGCAUGAGCAAGCUAAAUCAACAAAUAAAACCAUAAAGAUAUUUGAGAAUGGUUACCAUGAGUUAAUACAUGAUAUUGAUGGUUAUGACCAACGGUUCCUAGAUGACAUAAAACAAUGGCUUAAUGAGAGAAUUGCAACGUAAAUCAUCAAAUUGGAAACCAUAUACACAAUAAAAACUAUAUAGUUGGAUGGAGAUAGGGCACCUUUAGCACAUGAUAUCCAAAUAUCCUGAUCGUGUUUUUAACAAUUAACAGCGGUCUAUGAUAGUCGUGAGAAUAUGGUUUUGUAUUUCUUUUAAUAUUCUUUGUUUACUACCAAAUGGGACGAGAAAAUAGAAUAAAAGGGUGUCCCAUCUUUCCAAUAAAGUCCCAAUGAAAAAAUGUCCCAUUCUCUGCAGAAACAGAUAACCGUGUCCUCACAACUCUAAAAGAGCGUUGUUAAUUUCUAAAAACAGGGACCAGAAAUAUGGAAUAUUAUGUGCUAACGAUAUCUACCUUACCCUACACUGCUAUAUGUUAUGUAGCCUAAUUUAACAUUUACCUAAACUAAAACAUUGUGUCUGUUUGUCUACCUCAUAAUAUAAUGUUCAAGUUCCAAAUUAUUGGGAGUGGAAAAAUUCUUACCAAAAAAGUAGAGCUUAGAAUAAUGGUUGAAAUAAAAUAAUAUGCAGUUUAGUUUUAAUAUUAACUUUUAUUGCCGUAAUUCAUAAGUACAUUGCACUGCUGUAUCUUCUUACCCUUACACUAUAUAAGCGCCAGUUUUUUUAAUACACAAGUGUAGGACAAAUUAUGUUAGACAAGAUACUAUGUUUUUAUUUAACCUCCUGUAACUUAAACAUGUUAUAAAAUUGUAUUAUAAUGUUAACUUACUAAUUUAUGUAUUUAAUAUUUAUAUGUAUUUUAAUAGUAAUAAAAUGUGUUCAAAAACAAGAUAUUUGAAUUAUUAUUAUAUAAUGUCACUUGUUCGCCUUGUUAAAAUUUGUAUUUUCUUGUAUGCUAAACUAAGCAAUAUUGUUAAGAACUUAGAUUUUAAUUCAAUUGGCUUGUUGUCUGUCUGUCACGUAUAUGUCUUUUUCUUAUUUUUUAUUUUUUGAUUAAUUCCACCACCAUAAUCAAACAGACAUUAUAAUAAUAAGGGAUUAACCUUUGGUUGAUUUUUCACUGAGUAAUUUCAACUUGUCAUAAUAGAAGUGAUUUCAGCAACGUUUUAA